GAAGGGAGUUCAUUUUUCAAAAAAAAACAAAAUAACCGAGUUGUUCCAGAACGAUUUCUACCGGUAAAAUCGAAAUCCUUUAAUCAAAUUACCGUUCCGAAGAGAUUAUACCAUUUAAAAUGGGUAGUGGUGACGAGGAGAAAUGCCCGGCAUCCGGAAGUGCCGCACCGGAAAUAACGACCAAGCUGAAAGUUCUCGCUCUGCACGGUUACCGCCAGAACGGGGACGGCUUCAAAUCCAAGCUAGGCUCGUUCCGAAAGUUCAUCAACAAAUACGCGGAGCUGAUUUUCGUAACGGCCCCGCACGUGGCGCCUCCACUGCCGGACAGCCCCGAAGGUCAGGAACCGGACCCGGCGCAGCGUAGCUGGUGGUUCAAUAAGGACGACGGCACAUUCAAGGGCACCAAUCGGAACGGACCGGCCAUCGGAUUCGAGCAAAGCUUGAAACUGGUGGAAGACGUCUGGAAGCGUGAAGGUUGUUCCGGGUUGUUGGGAUUCUCGCAGGGGGCGUGCUUCGCCGGGUUACUUUGCGAUUUGAGUGCCCGGGGGAUGACGCUCAUCAAACCGGAGUUUGCGGUGCUGUCGUCCGGUUUCCGCUCUGGAAGUUUGGUGCAUCUGAACUUUUACGAGAACAAAGUCCAGAUUCCGUCGUUGCAUAUUUUCGGGGCGGCCGAUGAAAUUAUCCCGAAGGAUAUGAGCCAAGCCCUGGCGCAAACCUUCAACGAGCCGCAGCUAUUGAUCCACUCGGGAGGACAUUUCCUGCCUGCCCAAGCCGCCCAGAAGCAAACCUAUGUGGACUUUUUCCGGGAACGACUCCAGUUCCAUCUGGAGGCGAAGGAAAUCGAAAAUGCAACGGCCGAAAACAGCAUCCUGUUGGAUGAAUCCGGCGGCACCUCCAAUUUGGCGGGAAUCAACGGAGCUGCAACUUCGACGCUAGCCGAGGACGACGAUUCGGAUUGAUGGAUUCCCAAACAAAGGUAAAGGCUUUCGGUUUUUGUUUACGAGAGUAUGAGAAUGGGCCACGCACCCCGGUUCGAUCAUCCCAAUCGGUUCAAAUUAAGGUUUAUUUAAUUCAUAAGUUAAUUACAUUUGUAAAAUAAAAAAUAGACAACACGAUCAACGAUUGCCGAAACAUCCCCUUUCGUUUUCUUCUCUCUUCUAGUUAGUUCGCGCCGCUCGUUUGAAAAAUCCGAAACUGUCCUAAUUGAAGCUGAAGGAACUUGAAGAAAAAAGUCCAAUGAACUACAAUGAUGUUUGUUUUUUGUCUAAGAUAUAAUGGCCGAAAGUUUGUUCCAUAAACGCUUGGUUUGAGUAUGAGGCCAACAGUUUUAAUCAUUAAAAUGUUCACAAAAAAAUAAGGUGCAGAUAGAGCUUUCCAAUAUGGGCAGAUUGCAAGCAAACGGAUGUGUGUGGUGAGGAAA